AUGGGGACCACGGGAUGUACAUCACAUUUGAAACAAAUUCACUAUCGGAAUCAGAUCACCAAGUUCUGCUCAGUUGCAAUGCCACCUUUUGGGAUACUCUUCCAAGAUUUCCAGAGAUGCCAUAGCCACCUUUUUUCUUCUGACAAGAGAAGGGAAAGGCCUGCCCCGGAAAGCGGUGACACCCCGUGGCUUUCCGCUCGCUGGGAGCCCCCCAGGAGCCUGUCAAGACGCCCCCGCAGAAGACGCGGGGCCCCGCUACACAGCCGGAGCCGAAGAGGGCCAGGAGGGCUCCCCUCCCCGCCCCCACAGGGCGCGCAGCCUCCGGGCUGCCUUCCUCGGGGACCCUGGCGCUCCCCCGAAUGGGGGCGCGGCGCCUGGCUCCCCGGGCGAGAGGCGCCGGCGAAGUUCCCACCUGAGCCGGCGGCCGGAGGUGGCGGGCGCGAGGGCGGGGCGGGGACCGGGAGGCCGGACCGCGGAGAGAGCCCGCGCGCCGGGGAGAUGCCCCCGCGCCGCCGCCUCCCGGGGCCACUCGCAGCCACGCUCCGUCCCGGCUCCCGCCCGCCCCCGGCGCCGCGGCCCGGCACUAGGACCCCAGAAAGGAAGGAGGGCGCGCCGGCGGCGGCGCCGCACUUACCGCGCUCGGCUCGCCCGCGCUGCCGGCUCGCUCCCCGGCCGCAGCCGCCGCGUCCGCCCGAGCCGCGCGCUCACCGCGCCGGGCCAAAUUCAAAGGAGCCGGGCGCGGGGGAGGAGGCCCCGCCGAGGGAGCCGGGAGCGGGCGCCGGCGGGGCGGGGGCGGGGGCGGGGAGGGGGCGCGAGUGUUACAACUUCCUUCCCUGCCCGCCCCCGGCCGCGCGGCCCCGGGACGCGGGAGGGGAGGGCGCCGGCGCGCCAAUGAGUUCACUUUCUUUCUCUCCACCGCUCUCCCCCUCUCUGCGCCCGCCGGCCCCUCCAGCCUCCUCUGAGGCGGCUGACCAGGUCGGGCCGGAGUUUUCUGGGCUCGGCCCACGAGCGGGAGGACGAGGGAGGCGAGGGAGGAGGAGGGAGGCGAGCAGGGCGGGGAGAGGAGGCCCGCGGGGCGCCGGGCCGGGGAGCGGCAUCCAGGACCGUAACUGCGCGGCGGGCGGGGGACGCGCCGGGCCGAGUGUGCCCGAGCCCGGGCGCGUACACGUGUCCGUGUGUGUGUGCGGGAGUGUGCGAGGGAGAGAGGCGAGGCGAGGAGAGGAGCCUACCAUGCGCUUCCCCCGGUGCGGAUCGCGGGAGAGCCCAAUCGCGGGGCGAGCUGGACCUGGCUGUGAUCAUUUAUAAUCCUUGACUCCUCCGCUCCGCCACUUGUCAAGAUGACAGGGGUCAUCCGUGAAUAACACUUCACGCUGAUGAAUGGCUCUUGCCGGCUUUCGGCUCUGAUGAGGGGUCUGCCCGCCGCUGAUUGCAAACACUAAUGAACUUACUGCGCCAGUUGAAAUUCACACGCACCAACAAAGUGCGGGGGGUGGGCAUCAGGUCAGCUGAGUCACCCGAGGAGGUGGGAGUGCAAGACACUGCCGGGAAGACGGAUUCCGAGGCAGAAGGGUGUAAUUAAGGAUUUCCACCCCCGGUAGGCGGCCCGUCCUUUGCAGAGCCUCUGAAAAUGACCCGCGCCUUCCCUUCCAAAGUGUCCUCUCGUCCGAGACCGAAAAGCGCAAAUGACCUUCGGACAGGGAAGGGAGGCAGUAAACACUCAGACUUCCUUACCGGCCCCAGCUCGCCACUGUAGCGGAACUACUGUCUGCCCCCGGGUUCAAGCACCUAGACCUCCCCCUAGCAGCACCUGGCCAGGGGCGGACGCUGGAUCCCCCGAAGGCUCCACUCCCCUCAUUUACUACUCUCCCUUCUCCUUCAUUCUCCCCUCCGAGUAGCAGCCAAACAGUAGCCCCUGCCUCGAUUUUGUUGGCUAUGGGGGGAAAAAAGUUUGCUGCUCUUCCCAAGACACUGCCACUUUCUACUCACUGAAGUUCCCACCGCAGCGCGGGCUCCCGGCUCCCCAACCCCCGCCCCUUGGCUGCGAGAAAGCCCUCCUCCGAGCUUCCGAAACUGCUGGAAGUUCCAGAGUUUUGUAGCUGCGAACCGGCGACCUCAGCCCUGAGCCGAACCGCUCUCUGGCUCGGCGGUCCGCGGGAUCCUUCAGGCACCUUUCAGGUCCGGGAGGAGGCGGCUGCUGGGGUGGGGCGUGCGCGCUUGGGGCGGCCGGCCGACUGCGCGCGGCUCACCGUGGGCGCCCGAGGGUCUCCCCGGCCUCCCCUGGGACUCGCCGCCCGCCCGCCGGUGGAGGGCUGGGAGCCCACGACCAGGCCUGCCCGGGCCGCCGCCGCCGCCGACCAGUCCUCGGAAGCCUGAUGGAAACUGGUGCGCUUCUAGCAUCCUGGCACCACCCAUCACUUUCAGCUUCAGAGCGGAUUCCGCUGACCUGUACCUAACUUGACUCCACCGCUAGGAAAUCCACUUGCCUUUGUAACUACCGUGCAGAACCAGAAACAGAUCGAUCACUGGGAGAACAAGGCGACGAUGCUUCCUAGGAAAGCCUUGAACCUUUAUGAUAGAUAGUUUCUCCAAAGUUUGGGGUAGGCUUGACGAGGAGAUCCCUGAACUCGAACUAGUGUGCCCAGACCCACAACCCGAGUUCUGGAAGUUGCUAAGUGCUCGAGCGCAGCUCAGGGAUUAGGGAAGUCUUGGUAGUAAGCGAACCCGACCCGGCUCUCAGGGCGCUGCUGACGGAAAGCAGGACGCACACAUCUUUGCAGAAGAAUCUAGAGUCGCCCUGGGGUAGAUCCGUCUCCUUUUGCAACUGAAUUUCACACUUGAGAAAGAUAAGAUCGUGGGGCAGAUGAAUGAUAUCCCCCCACUCAUUCUACUCAUUCUCAUUAUUAAAAAAAAAAAAAAAGCUUAUCCAUUAUGAAAGUAUGUCCCAGAUAUUACAAGACGAUCAUGCAAACUACUUGAAAUUUGAAUCCGGACAUGAUCGUAAGGAAACCCUCAUAAAGCACGUUUGUGGCCCAGUUCUCUCUCACACACAAAAGUAUUAGAUCUUUUAAAACUUUUCUAAGUAUCUAAGUAAGUGAGACGGCCUCUUACUAUCUAGGAAAACACAAUAAAGAGACUGCCCCAAUCCUAAAGAGGCCAGAACUGAAGAGCUACAUUGUGGGAGUUAAGGGAUGCUUCUUUUCAGCUCUUUUUUUCUAGAAUCCUCAUUAUAGCUAACGCUGGUAAUAAAGGUAGGAAACAAUAGAACUCAUAAAACACAGAAACGGUAAACGGUAAUAAAUCUUGGCUCCUGUCUCCAACCCAGUUCCUUCUUACAUGACAUUCAAAGUUUUUCAGUAUGCAAUAGUGAACAUUCACACUAUGGUUGCAAUAUAGAAGAAAUAACUCUAGAACUCAUUAAUACGGCCCUGCGCACACUAUGCAGGCGUCGCUGGUGGACAAAGCUCGCAGGUGUCCUCCUCUACAUCUGCCUGCGCUUGUAAUCCAGGCAGCUUAUGUGUGUUAAAUUUGGGUCUCUCUCUCUCUCUCUCUCUCUCUCUCUCUCUCUCUCUCUCUCUCUCUCUCUCUCUCUCUCUCUCU